AUGAUAUCAAUUAUAACGUUCAUCAUUGGAGCUCUAUGUGUAUUAUGCUGCGGACUAGAAAAUGGAUUGGCAAGGACACCCCCAAUGGGAUGGUUGUCUUGGGAACGUUUUAGAUGCAACACAGAUUGUUUGAACGACCCGGACAAUUGUAUUAGUGAACAGCUUUUUCAAAUUAUGGCUGAUCUAAUAGUAUCAGAGGGAUAUGCAUCUGUGGGAUAUGAAUACAUAAAUAUUGAUGACUGUUGGCUUGAACGACAUCGUGGAAAUAAUGGAAAGCUUUUAUCUGAUCAUAAACGGUUUCCGAAUGGAAUAAAGGCAUUAUCAGAUUAUAUUCAUUCAAGAGGCCUAAAAUUUGGAAUUUAUGAGGACUACGGAAACUAUACAUGUGCUGGUUACCCAGGUAUAAUAGGCUAUGAAAAAUCAGAUGCUGAGCAAUUUGCAGAAUGGAAUGUAGACUAUGUUAAAUUAGACGGUUGCUACUCUCUACCAAGUGAUAUGGAUAAAGGAUAUUCUGAAUUUGGAAGGUAUUUGAAUAAAACAGGCAAAGCGAUGGUUUAUUCCUGUAGCUGGCCUGUUUAUCAAAUAUACGCUGGAAUUCAACCGAACUUUUCAGCAAUACAAACUCAUUGUAAUCUUUGGAGAAAUUAUGACGAUAUUCAAGACUCCUGGUCAUCUGUUGAGAACAUUAUUGAUUAUUAUGGAAAUAACCAAGAUGCGAUUGCACCAAAUGCGGGUCCUGGACAUUGGAAUGAUCCUGACAUGCUAAUAGUUGGAAACUUUGGUCUUAGCUAUGAGCAAGCUAAAACGCAGUUUGCGAUGUGGGCAAUUUUGGCAGCUCCGCUUCUAAUGUCUGUGGAUCUCCGAACUAUUCGUCCCGAAUUCAAGGAGAUUUUACUUAAUCGAAAAAUUAUUGCUGUUGACCAAGAUGGCUUAGGAAUACAAGGAAGAAGGAUAUAUAAGCAUAAAGGAAUAGAAAUUUGGUCAAAGCCAAUCAGUCCCGUAUAUCAAAAUUUUUAUUCUUAUUCUAUAGUAUUCAUUAAUAGAAGAACAGAUGGCACUCCCUCUGAUAUAUCUGUAACAUUGAAGGAAUUAGGACUAUUAAACUCCAUGGGAUAUCGAGUUGAGGACCUCUAUGAAAAUGUUGACUAUGGAGUACUUCAUCCUCACACGAAGAUUAAAGUAAAAGUAAAUCCAUCUGGAGUUGUGAUGCUAAAAGCGAUAACACAAUUUUACUAA